GUGGUGUUGACUUCAGCUGAAGAUGGAAGGUGACAGCUGACAGAGAGUUUGUCUCAGCUGAGGACGGACUCUGAGCUUUCUGUGUCCCACCAACCGACCAACAACAUCCUCCAACAUGGACAACGCUGACAACCUGUUUAAUCCCAGCCUGGCAGCAGCUCUGAUGAAGCUUGAUCCAGAGGAUGGUGAACAGAUCCUGGAGUAUUUUAAAACUCAUGCUCUGCUGACCAGAGAGAAAGCACUCCUGCAGGCGUCAGUGAGGGAGCAGAAGAAGCUGCUGGUGGAAAACUCCAAACUGAAGAAAGACAUUGAAGAGCUGAGACUUCAACUGCAGGAGAAACAAAGAAGACGCACCGCCAAAGCCUUGCUCUCCCCAGCUCCACCUCCUCCAACUCUUAGCCCCGCCCCCACAACACCUGUCAGUCAAACUGCCUCUCCUGCUGGAGCAACAGCUGGUGUUCCUACAAACCGUCCUCCCCCCUCCUCCUCGUCACAUGACCAGAGAGAGCGACAGAGCAGGAGGAGGAGAGGAGAAAGGAAAGCUCGUUCCACCUCUGACUCUCUCUCUCUGGGGGAGGAGCCUAAGGUUGAUGUGUCCCGUCUCGACCUCAGGAUUGGACGGAUCCUGAACGUCCGGCGCCACCCGCUGGCCGAGACCAUGUCCAUCCAGGAAGUGGACGUGGGAGAAAACGCCCCCCGGAUGGUCGUCAGUAAACUGGGAGGGAAAACAAACCUGGAGGAGCUCCGGGGAAGUCUAGCUGUGCUGCUGUGCAAUGUAAAGGCCUGUAAGGUGAGGAGUGUGGUCUCCCAGGCCCGCCUCCUCUGUUGUUCCUCCUCCGAUGACUGCAUCGAACUACUGGCCCCACCCACAGGCUCCGCCCCCGGAGACAGAGUCACCUUCCUCAACUACCCUGGUGACCCGGACAGAGAGCUGCAGUCCAAGCAGAAGGUUUGGGAGCUUCUUCAGCCCGACCUCCUGGUGGACUGCAAGGGUGUGGCCAACUAUAAAGGCUGUGGGUUUGAAGUGAAGGGGAAGGGGUUGUGCAGGGCACCCUCCCUGACCAACUGCACCAUCAGAUAGACCAGCAGAUCGAUCAGCACAUAGGACUAGACAGUGGUAUAACGCUAGUGCUGCUAGCUAAUAAAAGAGGAAAACAUUUCAUUGCAUCACUGUUGUUUAUUGAAUUAAAAACACUUAAAACUA